UUCAAUCUUUGUCAUCUCUGGCAUGUCUUUAAAAUGAUUGAGCUGACAGAAAUAAUGAGACAGAAAAAUGAUCAAGCAUUUACUGCAAUGCUAAACAGAUUCAGAACAGGAACUCAAACAGAUGAAGACAUAGAGGCUAUUCAGUCAAGARAAAUUAGUCCAACAGAUAUUAAUUAUCCAUCAGAUGCUUUACAUAUAUGGGCAGAAAAUAAGCCAGUAGAUGAGCACAACAGAACGAAAUUAGACAAAAUGUUUAUUGUGAGAGCAACUGAUCAAUAUCCUAACAAUGUAAACAAGAAAGAUAUUGACAGAGUAUUGUCGAGAGGAAGAUCUGAAACAGGUGGACUAGAUUAUGAAUUCCAUUUGAAAGAAACUGCAAGAGUAAUGCUUACAUCUAAUAUUGACAUUGCAGACAGGCUAAUCAAUGGUCAAAUUGGUACUGUACUCAAAAUAGAUACCAAUCCGAACACUCAAAAACCUUCAAUAAUAUACAUCAAGUUUGAUGAUAACAAAGCAGGAGAAAACAAGAUGAAUAAUGGUAAUAAUCAAUAUGCCAAACAACACAAAGUAGUACCUAUAGAACCGAUCUUGGUGAAAAUUAAGGUCAGACCUAACAAGCCAUCCUCACCUGAAAUACAAAGAACACAAUUCACAUUACUAAGGCAAGAUCAUUCUUCAGACAGAUUCUCAAGUUUAGCGCUAUGCACUAAAAACUACAUUGAAAUCAAGGAAUAUGAAUAUCUCCCUGUUUUAAAUGCAAUGAAAUUUGUGCUCAUUAAUCACAUAGUUAAUAUAAAGCAAUCUAUAAUAUUACUUUACAGAAAAAAAGAUUUGAACAUUUUACAAUAUACUCAUAAUAUUAGAAAUGUAUUAAUUGAUUAUGAUAUUGACAUAAUUCUAGGUGAUUUCAACAUUAACAUUUACAAUCAAAAUGAACACAAACCACUUGAAACAUUGAUGGAAUCAUUAAACUACAUUCAGAUUGUAYAAAGUCCAACAUUUAUAUCUUCUGGAAGUCUACUUGAUCAUGUUUAUGUAAGAGAAACUUAUAAUAAUACCAUCACAUCCUCAAUAUUGCCUGUUUACUAUUCUGAUCAUGAUGCUGUUACAAUUUCAAUCAAUUCCCAAUUAGCUCAGUUAUUUUAA